AUGGACAGGACAGCAUUUCACCUGGCUGCAGAGCAUGGGCGGCUGGAGGUGACGGAGUUCCUGAUUCAACUGGGGUGUUCUCACAGUGCCAAAGACAAGGAAGAAAAUACAGCAUUGCAUUUAGCUGCUAAAAAUGGACACCUCUCUGUGCUGCAGAAGAUCAUAGAUGUUGGAGUGGAGCUUGAUGAAAAGAACUUAGAAGGACUUACGGCUCUGCACGUGGCUGCUGAGGGGGGUCACAGUGACUGCGUGAAGCUGCUCUUGGAAGCAGGUGCCGAUGUCAACGCCCAAACCCAGAAGAAGAUGAAUUGCCUUCAUUACGCAGCGCUGCAUGGCUACGAGGAGAUAGCCAGGAUCCUCAUGGAUGCAGGAAUCCACACAGACGCUGUUAAUCAUCAAAACGCGUCAGCGACACACAUUGCGGUACUGCAGAACUUCCCAGCCAUGGUGAGGCUCUUCAUCGACGCGGAGUGUGACCUUGACAUUCCAGACAAUAGGCAGCAGACCUCACUCCACAUCGCUGCGGAGCAUGGCAGGCAGGACAUCGCUGAAAUGAUUCUCGUUGCAGGAGUUAAUCUGAAGCUAACAGACAAGCAAGGGAAAACAUCUCUGGAUGUCGCCGCCCGAGGCAAUCACAUCAAUCUGGCGGAUAUGAUUAUCAAGGCUGAUCGGUUUUACAAAUGGGAAAAGGACAAUCUGAACAGCGACUCCGACUCCUGGGUGGCAAAGCACUUGACCUUCAAGCAAGAUCACAGGGUGGAAACCCAGCACAUUCGCUCAGUAAUGUGGCGAUUAGCGACCAAGUACCUCAAACCUGGGGAAUGGAAGAAGCUGGCACAUUACUGGAAAUUCACUGAUGCCCACAUUAGGGCCAUUGAGCAACAAUGGACAGGCACUAAAAGCUACCGGGAGCACGGCCACAGGAUGUUGCUUAUCUGGCUCCACGGCGUGCUCACGGCAGGAGAAAACCCGAUCAAGGGAUUGUACGAAGGCCUUGUGGGAAUUGGAAGAAGAGAUUUAGCAGAAAGCAUUCGGAAAAAAGCCAACGCAGACUCUGCCUCUCCGCGGAAGUGCGUAGCGAUGUAA